AUGGCUUUCUUCCCCUGGCAUAUGAAAGUCCACUCGAAGGAAGAAAAGGAAUUGCGUCGUGCAAUCCUCGAUUUCUACGGCAUCCUAAACGUUUUCACAACACUCAUUAUCAUCCCCACCGUCGUCUGCUGGUUCGGACAUGUCUACCGUUACAACCUCGUUGUUAUCAAACAACAAGAAGGAGGAGAAUACCAAAGGAAGACAAUAUACUCCAGGUUCGCACGGUUCGUGUACUUGUCGCAUUGGUACCUCGGUCGUCCCUUGUUCGGAGCCAGAUGGUUGGGAUCUCGCAAAUCUUGGUUGUUGGGAUUUCUAUGGAUCGGGUUUAUGGGAUUUAUGAGUAUUUCCGAUACCGGGGAUGAUUACUUCCACCUCACCAAACGAUUGGGUCAUAUCGCCACUUCUCUACUUCCUGCGCAAUAUCUACUGUCUUCACGGUUUAUACUCCAACAGACGUCCAUAUUAAGUUAUCAAACCCACGAGACUUUGAAUAAAGCACACAGAUGGCUCGGACGGACGAUAUACACUCUUCUCACCUUCCAUGGGAUCCUGUAUACCAACUAUUUUGUCACAACGGACAGGAUCCAUAGGUUCCUUAAUUGGGAUGUGAUCUUUGGGUUGUUGGGGUUAAUCAUCAUGAAUACGAUGUUCAUCGCCAGUCUUCCGAAGUAUAGAAGGGUGGCUUAUAAAACUUUCUUCAGCGUUCAUCAGUUGUUGAGUGUUUUGGUAUUACCGGUUGCGUGGGUUCAUGUUUAUGAUACCGGACGGUAUGUACUACUUGUCGGGGUGGUGUAUAUUAUCGAUCGCGUCGGAAGGUAUUUUUUGACGAGAGAGUUGAAAGUUAAAGUCACGGCUGUAUCUUCUACGGCAUUGGAUUUGAGGGGAACGGCGGGUUGGAUGGUGACCGAUACUACCAAUAGUACCACUACUGCUACCACCACCACCACCACAACGGGAAUGGGAUCAAAAGCUAAGAAAGUCGCUCCCGGAAGUCAUUUUUACAUCUCCGUACCAAGCAUGGUACAAAGCCGAGGAAACCCUUUUACCUUAUCCAGUGUGGACGAAGAAAGCGGAGAAGCCAAAUUUUUGGUCCGAGUCAGAGACGGGUUUACGAGAGAACUCAAGGAAUCGGCAUUAGACGCCAGUUUGAAUAUGAUGAUCGAAGGACCUUACGGGAUUGCCAAAGUUUUCCCCGGGUUUGGAUGGUUCGAUUCUUUUUUGUUUAUUACGGGGGGCAUAGGGAUUACAAUGACUUUGAGCGUGUUAAGGGAAUUGGUGGUGGAGAUUGAAGAGAGUGAAAGGGUGGAGGAGAAGGUGGGGGUUAGGUUUGUGUGGGCGGUUGGGGGGACUGAUGAUGCUGCAUGGCCGCUAUCGGAGCUCUUGAGGGCCGGACCGACGAGGUGUAGGCCUGAAGUUGAUAUUUAUAUAUCAGGUUCGAAGGGAGAAGGGGAUUGGGAAAGUGGAAAUGAUGAAGGAGAAGACAACGAAGAAGAAGAUAAGGACGACGGGGGGAGACCAUCGAUGGAAUUGGAUGAAUUGGUCGGAGGGGAUUCACAGAGUUUAUUACCUACGACGGAACCUACACAUCGCCACCACCGCCACCGCCAAUCAGCGACGAAUAAUGAUAAUGGUAAUCUGCAUAAUAACGAUAACAGCGACAGCAUGAACAGAAGAAGGGUCAUAAAGGAAGAAGAGAAGAAAAAGAUGGAAAAAGAAAUCGAAUCAUUAAGAUAUCGAUACGCCAGGACACAGAUAACACCUCGGAUACAAACGGGAAGGCCGAAUUUGACGAGGAUUACGGAAGAAUUCUGUAGGGAUCAUGCGAGGGGGACAAACCAGAAACAGAAGAGGAUUGGGGUGUUCGUGUGUGGACCGGAGGGGAUGGGGGUGGAUGUGAGGAGGGCUCUGGAGAGGUAUUAUACGGAGAGUGUGAUUUGGGUGUGGGAUGAGAGGUUUGGGCCAUAA